AUUUCUUCGCCUACUUCAGUUGUUAUAAACUGUAGUGAUAUGAAGUACCUCAGGAACUUUACUCUGGAUAAUACAUAAUUAUAUAAUUUAUAAAACCAGCUUCUAUUGCAUUUCUAUUGCAAUGUGAAAAGUGGUUACAACAUUAUUAAUUUUUCAGGUGCUUCUAUAAUCAAUGAAUACAUUAAACAGGGUUAAUUACUCAGAGUAUGGGACUGUUACAAAGAUUUUGUAAAGUCAUUUAAUUUGGUAAGAGUAUGAACAAAUGACUAAUUUAUAGGGAUAUAAAUUUGUGGAUUUCAACCAAGAAAUCCAUGAAAAAUUGUCCCCCAAGAAUAUUCAUGAUUUUACAGUAGCAAGCUUUUAAAAUUAUAUGAGAAAAAUAGUUACAACUGUACUAAUUUUAGGUGACUCAAAUCACUGGACUUUUAAAAACAGGAUUUAUUACUCAGAACAUGGGAUUGUUACAAAGAUAGUGAGCUUAUAAGAAUCCGGAUUUUCUUCAAAUUUUAUUAAUGUGAGAUGAACAAACACAAGGAAGAAGGGUGUAUUUUCUACAAGUUCUGCAUAAAGAUUUUGAAGACACCCGUGAAGAAAAUGACAGAAACAUCCUCAAUUCCCAAGGAAGGAAUGCAAAGAACCCUUUGUACAACACAUAAAAUAUAUAAUUAGUGAACAAGAUGUAUACAGAUUAAAUAUUUUUCAUACCAAUGAAAUAUGAAAAUCUCAUUAGCUAGAGGAUUUGCUGAAUGCUUUUUUAUUAACAAGAAAUCAAAACUUUAAGGCCAUAUUUUUAAUUCAUUAAUUAACUAAUUUGAUAUUUGAUGAAAGAGUGAAUUGGUGAGAAAAUGCUUCUGCGACAUCUACAAUUCAUUUUCACUGUUUUCAGCAAGAUAGCUUUAAUGUCAUGUACUGUUUCAAUAAAUGAUCCUCAAGAUAACUGUAUGGUGAGCUUGGUCAUACCAAAAGAGAGCAUAAAGACUGCAUGCACUGGUGGAAGUAACUACCAUACAGACCAGAAAAUGAAAUCUGUAGAAAGUCAAUUAUUGUCUAUACGACGUGACAUGAACAGUCUUAAUAUCCGGCUUACAAAAGAUACACUGAAUCAGAAUUUACAAAGAAGAGACAAAAGCGAAAUUUCAGAAAGAUUAUUCAAACUUGAAAAUAGUGUAGCGAGUCUCCAAACGAAUUUGACAAAAGAAAGAGAACAUGGCAAUGGAAAGGAAGUGAAUAUGGAAACAUUUAACAGAAAGAAAAUGGUAAGGUUGAUUAAAUCAACACUUAGAAAAGAAAUGGGGGUAUUAAAGGAGGAAAUCAAACGUGACAUUCAUUAUGAAUUCCGGCAACAAUUGAAGGAUGAUAUUAGAAGUGAACUCCUAUCUUAUAUAAUACAGAGCAACAAACUAGUAAAUGGUAUAAACUCUGAAGUAUUGUUUAAUGGAGUAGAGCAUUAUGGUGAUAGAAAUUAUUAUGAUCCAAGUUCUCAUACUGAGAAGCAUUACAGAAGAGAGUUUGUAAAUAACAAAAGACCUAUUCAAGAAAGAUACGAAACAAUGGACAGUGCAGUAAACAAUGAACUUCCUGAAAAACCUCAGUCCAGAAUUCUUCAGACUGAGAGUGAAACUAAAGAACUGGAUAUAAAAGAAGCAAUUGUUAUCCUCAGUGACGAAGUUAAAAAACAUCUGGAUAAGCAAACCAAAAAAGUUAAAGAGAUAGUAGGACAACAUUUAAACCAGACAGAAUCAAAACUUAGUAAAGUCAGUGACAAUUUGGAUAAAAAGUUUGAUACAAAGUAUGAAAAUGUGUUUAAGGAUAAUAAAGGAUAUAAAGACAUAAGUGAUAGAAUUGAACAAAUAGAACAUGAUGUUGAGACUCUGAGCACUGGUUUAUCAUCAUUAUUACAAGCGAACACUCUUUCUGGUGAAAUCAGAGAACAGUUUGACCUCGAGAAGGUUGCUUUGGAAAAUAGAAUUUUAUCUAAGCUAUCUGCAGACUCAAAUCCAAUCAAGUUAGAACUAGAAAACUUAAGAGAUCAGACUCAAGCCACUUCUAACCUCAUUCAAGCAACUGCUAAAUCUCAGAAACAAACGCAAUAUAGUCUUCAAAAUUUCAAUGCAACUUUUAAGCUGAAAAAUUACUAUUUAGAACAAAGUAUCCGGACCAUGACAGAGCAAAUCAAUCAGAUUAACAAGACAUUAUACCCUGAUUACGAAGAUUCUUUUUCAAUUGGUGAAACUCUACAUGAGCUAGACAUGUAUGAUGCUAUUGAUUUUGUGGCAGAAAUCAAAGAUAUCUGGCCAGCUGUCUUACAAAAUAUCAGUUCUAUUGUUCAAGUACAUCAAAAUGACAUUGACUUUGUUCAAGAAGGAUUUGAACACAUCAGAAGCAAAUUUAGUGAUGUUUUAAAAAAUCAUACAGAUUUAUCUGAUAGAAUAGAUAAAUUUCAGAGCCAAGUACAUAAAAUUCAGGAUAGAGUAUCUUUCCAUGAACAAGUGAAAAGACAAGAAGCACUUGAGAAAAAUGAAUGGGCACAAGUCAAUUUUAAUCAUACUUUCAGUAGAUCUGGAUGCUAUGGGGGAAAAAAGUUUGUGAAGAAAACUGGAUAUGAAGUUGGUGCCUAUGUUGGCGUUGUUCUGUGUUCUGAAAAACGGUAUAAAAUAUAUCUCAGUGAUUCACUCAGUGAAACUUUUCUUAAUAUUGGAGACACCAAUCAAAAUGGUGAAGACCACUGUGAAUUUGUGGGAGCUUCAAAAACUUCUGAAGUCAAACUGAAGAAAGGACCGUCUCUGUUUGAGAGAAUACCAGGUUACAGACGAGGUAAUUGGGGUGAAGUUCCAAUUAAGGCCAAAUUAUCUUUCUUCAGCCCAACACCAGAAUGGUACGAGUGUGGAGUUACCAUCCCUUGAUACAUUUGCUAAUACCUCACAUCAACAUGAAGUAAAAUUGGGAGUUACUGCCCCUUCAUAAACUGACACCUUUGCACACAAUAAAAGCCUACAGUAUUUUAACACUCUGCAACAGGGAUGAAAGAAACAGAGAUGUGUUAGCAAAGUUAUUCUCCCUUGGUGGGGAUGCAGUGACCUUUCUUUCAGGAAUAAUUAAGGCAAAACUGACCUGUCAUGUGAUACAGAUGGCAGAAGUCAAUAACAGUUGGAUAAUUUUGCUUCAUACAUCUCACUGAAUGUAAUAUUAAUGAAGUUUGAAUAAGUCAUAGUUGACUAUACUAUAUUAUGUAUGUGGUACUUUGUCUCUAUUGCCUCUGAAUACAGUCAACCUGCUGAGCCCUGUAUAUGUUUUUAAUUAUUACAUUUUCAUCAGUUCUGUACAGUAUUUUAUAUAUAUUAUGUUAUGUACAAUUAAAUUAUUACCAAAAGAGCUUCUUCUCUAACUGUUCAGACUUGCCUUUUUUGGACAAACUGCACAAGUAAAGGGACAUAAAUCACCUUGCUUCGUGGUCUAAUUCAUGAACCCUUGACUGGCAGCCUAAUAUAAUGCCCUGUUGACUGAACAACCUUGGACCACAGUUGUACAUUAGUCUACUAGACUUAUGUAAUUCAUUACCAUUCUUAUUAUGAUGUUGUUUUUAUAAAUAAGCAUGCAGCCCUGUUUAUCUCUUGAAAAAGUAAUAUUUCAAGGUUUAUUAAUUUCUGUUUUUACUGCAUGUAUGUAAGAAAAUACUUUUCAUGAUAAACAAAUUAAAGAAAUGGCUAAAACUUUUGAUUUAAUUGUGGUUUUUGCUUAGAGAAGUGGUUCACAAUGGGACAUUAAAACUAAUAUUUCAAUGAAACAUGGGAACUCAAUUAACAAGCUUCAAAUAAACAGAUUCAGAUAAUGAUAACAGGGUGUUUUGAAAUAUUUAAAAGGUUUAUGAAGGGAUUAUAAUAUCAUUCUCAAGGAUAAAACAGACUCUUCUUUCUUUUUAUCAUGUUUUGUGGGAAUAAAAUUAGAGUUAUAAUUAUAUUAAAUUUUGUUAUACAUCUAAUAAUCACAUGUUUAUAUUUUAAACAUUAUUUACACAAUUAUUAUAUUUCAACACUAGAACUCUGAAGCUCUAAAGCCCAAAGGACAACAAUACCAAGCUCAUUAUUUUUUGAUACAUCACCUCAUUGUGACUCAGUAUGUAAGAAUGACAAAGUUAACUAAACAAGAGCUGUUACAGGAGACAGCACGCUCGACUAUUUCAAAGUGGAUACAGAAAUUGGAAGCUAGAGCUAUCACUGGAGUAUUUAAUGACUAUAGUGGAUGAAGAUACUGGACAAUACUUUAAGUCUUAGUCUAAUGUAUUUUAAGCAAUACAAAUUUAUUGUAUCAAAUAACGCACUACCUAAAUCAGGAAUUGAUCUGCUUUAAAUUCUCACCAAUGGAAAUUAAAAAGGCAUGUUUAUGUGCA